AUGGCUAGAGGGAUGCAGGGCCUGACCUGUUCCCUAAUCUCUUGCCUGAACCAAAACCUCUGCCUGCCCCAAGGAGCCCUAGGUCUUGCAGGGAAAAGAUGUGGAAGUCCUGGGGUCCAUUAAUUAAAACCCAGCAGAUUACAGUACUGAAAAAAAGCACAGCACACACACACACAUAGAGGUGUAGCACCCAGAGUCUGGAUAAGAAACUUCUGGGUGCCCGGUCCCAGCCCCUCUUAGUUACUUUCUUUAGACUCUCUGUCAGUAGAAAAUUCCUUCUCCCCCAUUUUGCAGAGGUAGACACUGAAGUACAUAGAGAUCACAUGCUUCUGUCUGGAGGUCUUGUGGUAUGAGCCCCUGGCCAUAGCUAGAAUGGAUUCCUUCUAGGGUAUUGAGUGGUGUGGGGGAGUAGAAGAAGAGGCUCUCUGCUGAACUUGCCAGGUGGUGCCCCUGAGUAUACACAGUGGCUGAGCCCAACUGCAGCGGGCCUGAAGCAGGAGUAGGCUGGUACGAGAUAGAGCUUCCUAGGAUCCUAGGGAUAUGGGCACAGAUCAUAAGUCACUCUUGUGACUGCAAAGAGUCAUUUACCCAGGGCCAUACUCUGAGCUGCUAUUCAUGUAUUUUCUCUUAUAUGAUGCAAACAUGCCUCUCUGGGCAUUGGAUCUGAAAAGGGCUCUUUUUUCUCCUAUAGUUCAUUGUAACAUGGUUGGCUGAGGAGGGCAAGUAAACCUCAUAGAGAAGGAAAUGAACCUUCAGGUCCCUCUGCCCCUCUCCACUGAUCCCAGAGAGACAUGCUGAGCCCAUUUUUGUGCAAGGGGCUUUUACACCAUUCUCAUCAUCUAUUGAAGGUGGACUCUGUCAAACUCCAUUUGACAGAACAGCACAACCUAGUAGUUGGCAGCCCCUGCCAAGGAAAGCUUGCUUUGUGUUUCUACAACCAUUCCUACACACUAUCUCUUCUCUUCUGUAAAGACCUGUCUUUUUUGAGAGCUGAGGUUGGAGAGGGACAUCCUCAGAUAGGUAGUGUUUGGCAAGCACAUGGUUUUAAAUACCAGGUUUGACACAAAAAUACACUUUUUGCUUUUCUUUUAAAAAGCCAGAUCAUGGUUAGGUGCAGUGCACACCUCUAAUCAUAGCAUUUGGGAGGCAGAGGCAGGUGGAUCUUUAUGAGUUCCAGGCCAGCUAAAGCUACACAGUGAGACCCCAUCUUGAGAAACAAGCAAUAGAACAAAAAAGCAAAGCAAAACAAAGCAUCACAACUAACUAAUAAUAAACUGGGUUUAAUAUGUAUAUCCAAGAAUUCUCUACUUCCCACCCCCAGGAAAAGAGGGUUCACAGGAGGGGGGCUGUCACAGGUAGGUGAUUGAAACAGGCAUAAAGUGCUUGUGAGUAUGUUCUUGCCUGUUAAGUGCUUGGUUGGCAAGGCCUGAAUACUAACACCAACUGUGUUCUGUGUGUUCUGGAGUGUGAUUGCAGUUACUCAGAUGACCUCACAGUGUCAGUGCACCAGGAAUGAGGACUUUUGUUCCCACUGUUAGCAGACCAGAAAUCUGGUGGGACUGGAGAUAGAAUCUUGCCAGGCCAGUACUCCAUCUCAUCUCAGACUCAGAGAAAUUGACUCUUAGGUGUGUUUUCUUCUUGUGCAUUUUCAAGAACAUUCUUUUAGUUAAUAUGCGGGGGAGACUUCCUCAUUCUUCUACAUAACCUUUUGCUGAAGCGACAUUGUGCGAUAAAAAGGUCCCAGGAGAGACAGUGCAGUUUGGGCUCCGAAAGACAGAGAAUAUCGAUGCAGUAGGCUGGGCUGCUCCCAGGAGCUAAGAGGCCUGGACAGCUCUGUUGCUACCAGCAAGGUGUGGCCUUGGCUCACAGCCGUCUUGUGCUUUAGGACCAUGUGUUCAUUCAUGUCCAUGUUUAACUUUGCAUUUCUUUUCUUUCCUAUUUCUGGAUGGUGAUGCCUUUCCUAGAAAAGGAAGGUUAGACAGAGAUACCAGUGAGUCUCCUGAACAGGACUGGAAGGAAGGAAAAGGAUGGUGGGGGACAGAUGUCAGAGCUUUGUGUCUGGGCAAAAGCUAGUUGGGGGUCAUGGCCUGUGCUGAGGGCACAGUGGAGGGCACAUUGAAGCUGUAUUCACAUCCAUCAACAUGGGCUCUGGGGGUUCCAGUUAAUUGAGGCUGAUUCUAAAUUGGGAGGCUUAAGAAUUAGUAAUUGUCCUCCAGUGACAGCAGACCAGAGCUACACAGUGCCACCCAGACAGAUCAGGAAUCAUGCAGGGCUUCUUCCCUUUUACUAUGUGGGGGCUCUGAGAGCUGCCUACAGAGGCCAGGUAUCAGGAACACCUGGUUCAGGCCAGGUGCUCAGGCCUGUUCUGUGCAGGUCUAGUAUACAGGGUUUGUAGCCUGCCUGUGUUUAUAUUGAGCUUCUGGGAUACUCCCAGAGGCACAUCUGUGUGUACUGGUUCUGGCUUACCCUCUACUCAGCCACCUCCAGAUCCCCCCCCCCACCCCAAGCACCUUAUGUUUCCCACAAGACGACAUGGCUUUGUGCGUAGGAGAGUAACGCUUGACUGUGGACACAGGUGACAUAGCCAGGCUUGCUUUUACCCAAGGGGACUGGGCUGCUUAAGGGAGAGUAAACACCUCAUCUUAAGGAGUGUUCAAGCAGAUAUUGAAUGUACUAUUCUCACCUUCCUAGUCCCUGAAGGCCAGAGGGCUGUGGUUGAGCUUCUCAACAGUUGGCACUGAGCAGGUACUAGGUUGCCAAGCUUGUCAAUUUGGACUGUCUGGAGGCUGACAGAGUGCUUCCCCUUCUUGGCAUUCCUAGAAUGUGACCCAUAAGACCCCCAGCAAGGUCAGGUAAGGGUCACAGUGGGUGUGGAUGUAUCUUUGAUAUGUAUAUAAAUGGUGGAUACAGAUUCCCAUGCUGUUCUGAGCUAAGGUUCUAAAGGGUGACAUGGCCCUACUGUGUAUUGGGUAUGUGUAGAUGGUGGUGGUCAACAAUGAGGACAUGGUUGGGGGGGCUGCUAUACACAGUCAGAAUGACUAUUCCUUCCUGCCCCACACCCCCUCACAUUUCUGCCCCAGGCAAGAUCCUCUAGCUCCUGUGGUUCUCAGCCUUCCUAAUGCUGCAACACUUUAAAUACAGUUCAACUUGUUGUGGUGACCCACAACCAUAAAAUUAUUUUCAUAGCUAUUUUGUAACUAAUUUUGCUUCUGUUGUGAAUUGUAAUGUAAAUAUCUAAUAUGUGACCCCUUUGAAAAUGCCACUUGAUUCCCAAAGGAGUCACAACCUACAGAUUGAGAACCACUACACUCCCAGUCACCUUGGGUCCUGACCUCAUGUUCCCCCACCCUUGGGACAGAGGCAUCUGCCAGAGUUCAUCCUUGCUCCUGGGAAAGAGGGCCCAGCAGAUGGUUUCAAGGUCUCCAGGAAUCAGAGAGAUGGGAGAGGAAGCCUGUACAAUCUCUUUUCAGGAGAUCUUGGAGGAAAUGGUCUCAGUUUCUUCAGCGUGUGAGCCAGGGCGAGAGGCUUUGCCUUCGUACUUCCAGACAGGAGCUGGAAUGGUUCCAGAGCCAGGAUGCCUCUAGAGACAACAUGGAGAGCAUUUCUGGAGGAGGUAACUUCUGAAGAUGAAAUAGGGGUACAUUUGAAAGUGAAAUGAGGAUUCUUCUGGAGAUAGACUUGUUUUGUUUUGUUUUAAGAUGAAGCUUUUCUACAUCCCAAGUAUUGCCAGACGUAAUGUUUCUGAGAAUGGAGCCGUUCUAGCGAUAAGUGGCAGUGCCCCUGGAUGUAGAGUGUUUGAGGAGGAUGCUGGAGUAUUUCUGGAAACAGUGGGGACUUCUGGAUUUUAGGUCCUUCUGGAUGUAAAAUGAGCAUCUGGAGAUGGGAUGGCGCCUUCUAGAAAGCUGCUUAAAGUUGGGGUGGAGCUGUUAUGGAGAGCAUUGACGUUUCUGGAGAUGUAUCAUACUUGAAGAUAAAGAUGCUUCUGGACAGAAAUAAACCACUUCUGGAGAUGGCUCAUGUGGACCUAAGGGAUUCCUGGGUUAAAAGGAAGCAUUCCUAAAGAGAAAACGGGUCAUUCUCAGACAGUGCUUUUGAAUCAAGGGUAGUAAUUUCUUGAAGAUGAGGAGUGUUCAAACAGGGUGUUCAAAGGCCUCUUAAUAGAUGAAAAGGUCUCAAAGGAUCCAGAGACCCCCGUUUCUCAUACUCACGUUCUAUGGAGGUGGGUCAGAGGUGCAGAGACCAGUAUUGCCCUUGUCUUCCUUUAGGCCAGCAUAAGAACUCCAUCAAGGAAGACCCAAGAUCUCCCAGUCCUGUUUUUGGGGUACACAUCCCAUCUCAGUAUGCCCAGGUGACCUUCACCAUGGUAUAGCCAGUGCCCAGUGUUAGAUUUCAUUUAAUUAAGUUUUGUUAGAGUCAGCUGAAGCUCCCUUUAUGGCCUCCUGCAACUGGGAGCCUCUACUCUUUGUCUACCCCCAGCCUCCUGUUCCUUUGGGCACUCAUGAGGCAGGAAAAUGGGCGGGGACUGCAAGAGUGACCUUAAGAAAAGGUCCAGCUGCUUGCUCUGGCUUGGGGGUACCUCUUCUCUUUUCAGACACUGAGGCCCAUCCCCACUUGAGCUGGCCUGGAGCCCUUUAGUAAUUAUUUCUCUGCUUUAAUUGAAAUUUCAGCCUCAAUGAGCCUGCUUCAGAAGUAUGAGGAGGUAUCGACCCUGUAUCAGCCUGAGGUGUCCCUACCCUGCCCCAGAAAGAAGGUAGUAAAAGAAAAAGGUGCCAGGCUGCAGUCCCAGGAGAAGGUCUAGGUGGGUGGCCUCAGGACAGUCAAGGCAGACUGCUCUGCAUAGAUAAGACUUCUUGUCCCUGGUGGAUUAGGAGAUGUUUAGAGUAAGCAAGCUGGCCAAGAAAUAGAGGGAUGAAUGAUUGGGGCAGCCUGAGGAAGUAGGGUCUCAGGAAAGCAUGUGUGUGCCAUCUAUUCAUUUGACAGGGAUCUAGGGGAAGGGUGGGCUGAUACUCAGGUAGUGCUUGAUAGCUGAUGGCAACAGGCCCAGUUCCUGGCUCAGGGCUGAGGAAAGCAUUGUGGAUAGGGUGAGCUGCCUGGGGAACUGUAAAAAGCCUGUUUUCCUUACUGCAUGGGGCUAGAUACUUCAUGGGUUCUAUCUUCUCCUUUUUCCUCAUCUUGGGUGGUCCCUGAGCUGGGCCUGUCUACUGAGGGAGGAAGAACAAGGAACUCAGGGAAAUACUGCUCCUGAAGAAGGGCCUUUUAAAUGGGUGUGGUGGUACAUACCUUUAAUCCUUGUGCCUCAGGAGGCAGAGGCAGAUGGAUCUCUGUGAGUUCCAAGCCAUUCUGUUCUAUAUAGCAAGUUCCUGGCCAGGGCUACAUAGUGAGACCCUGUUUCAAACAAAACAAGAAGAGCCUGCUGAUCUUAGUCGUAUUUGUUUGGACAUAGGAAAGCUACUGUGCAUAGCCCUCACUGCAUCCACACUGGUCCCCAGAAACUGCAGGAGUUCCAGAGAACCUGUAUUGGCCCAUGGAUCUCAGUCUUCUUAUCUGGGAAGUGGGUCAGUUUGGCAGUUGUUAGAACUAAAAUGACCUGCAAAAUACCCAUAGCUGCAAGUACCAUUAACACAUGCCUGGCACCUCUCAUACAGUUGGCGUGGGGCAGCUGCAGUCCUUGGUGCUAUUUCUCAGAUGGUGUCUUCCUGGUACCUAGGAAUCAUCUGGACACAAGCACCCUGAUUAGAGCUGCUCCAUCCACCCCAGCAGAGGGGUUGUUUUGUGCCAAGGAAGACCGAGGCAGUUGGAGUGAAAAAGUAUGAAGGGGUCAAGGGAGGUUGCUUAUUGUCUGUCCACUGGCUCCCAAACACUAGGACCAUCACACAUCAAGCUCCUGAAGCACUAGGCCGCUCAGCAUGGCUCACAGUGCUAGCUGCUUGCUCCUGGCUUUGUUCACAGCCUGUCCUUAGUGGAGUAUGUGGUAUGCCUACCCUCCAAGGGGGGAGAAGGGACAGGAAUGACUAGACAGGACAGGGCAUGUCAGCCCUCAGGAGCUGGGGAAGUGAAGACGGGCACAAAUGAAAAUGGCUGUCCCAUUAGCUGUCCUUUAUUUCAUGACUGACUGGCAGGGAGGGAAAGAAUAGGGUGAAGACAGAGUCUAAGCUGGCAAUCAGGAGAGGGGUCUCUAAGGAAAGGCAGCCAGGCCAGGGCUGCCGACUGGGCUUCUGCACCUCCAUCAGGCUGGAGUGCUUCGUUUGUUGCAGCUUGAGAGACCCCAACCUAUGGCACAUUCCAGCUCCUGUUCCUCCUUCCUCAGUAGAGCUCUGCCUUUACUCCUAAGAAUAUUUAGGUUCUACACCAUCAACCUUAUCCCAACAGACUGCUUCUUCCUUGUACUGGCCAGGCUAGAGACUGAAUCAGUUGGUGAUGACCAGAGGCUGCCAGGGUGGAUCCAAGGCACUAGCCCUACUGCCAGUCAGCUGCUAGAGCUAACCUCUUUACUGCUGCUGCAGAUAGGGCUGUGGCUAUGGGGCCCUCCUCAUGCACAGAACCACCAGCUGAGCUGACAUGACUCACUGGUGCAGGCAGCUCUGCUUCCCACUAUAGGGAGGGUGGUAGAAACCUCCAGAUGCUGUGUCCCCACCCCAUGAACCCAUGCCAGAAGGGACAAUCAGGGUUAGAGGUUAGUGUCUUGAGUGAGUGGGUGCUCACUAAAUUGGGCUAGACCUUGUGCCCAGACCCCUGGUUUGGUGUCUACCUAGGAGAGCUUUGUGAACAUCCAGGGGAAGGUGUUUUGUGGGUGGGUCACACUGAACAGAAUUCUGUGCGCUAUGCUGCUCCCAUGGUCCAGGUCCCGCUGAAGAAAACGUUUGCCAUGCAUGGGUUGUCUGUCUUUCUGGUCAUCCAGAGAACCCUUGUGUUUCAGGGCCAGCAAUGUGCUGCUUUCUCAGAAAUGCCACCCAGAGACACCUCCUCUGCACCCUGACCCAGCCAUCUCCAGAAAGUUGGAGGUCCUAUUCCCUCCUAUGGCUGCCCACCUCCAUCAGCAGAAAACUGGCUCAUGCUCUCACUCCUGGAGCUGCCCAGAUAACCGGCCCGAGUCAUGCAGUCUUUUCGAGAAAGGUGUGGUUUCCAUGGCAAACAGCAAAACUACCCACAAACCUCACAGGAGACAUCGCGCCUGGAGAACUACAGGCAGCCAGGUCAGGCUGGGCUCAGCUGUGAUCGGCAGUCUUCAGACCUGGGGGGGCCCACAGCCACCACCUCCCCAGCCGCAGCCUUUGCCAGGAGCAGUGAGCAAGUAUGAGGAGAACUUGAUGAAGAAGACGGUGGUGCCCCCAAACAGGCAGUACCCUGAGCAGGGCCCCCAACUCCCCUUCCGGACUCUGAGCCUGCAUGCCCCCCCACCACAGCCUCAGCAGCCCCUGGCUUACCCCAAACUCCAAAGGCAGAAACCACAGAGUGACCUUGCCUCACGACUGCCCUUCCCCCAGAGCAGCCACUUCCCCAAGCAUUCCCAGUCCUUCCCUGCCUCUUCCACCUUCGCCCCAGCAGUGCAGGGCAGUGGGCAGGGGGCGCACUCAUACAAGAGUUGCACAGCACCAUCUGCCCAGCCUCACGACAGGCCAAUGAGUGCCAAUGCCAGCCUGGCCCCAGGGCAGCGGGUCCAGAAUCUUCACGCUUACCAAUCAGGCCGCCUUGGCUAUGAGCAGCAGCAGCAAGCACUUCAAGGCCGGCACCACACCCAGGAAACUCUCCACUACCAGAACCUCGCCAAGUACCAACACUAUGGACAGCAAGGCCAGGGCUACUGUCCACCAGACACAGCUGUCAGGACUCCAGAACAGUAUUACCAGACCUUCAGCCCUAGCUCCAGCCACUCCCCUGCACGUUCUGUGGGUCGCUCCCCUUCCUAUAGCUCCACCCCAUCACCACUGAUGCCCAAUCUGGAGAACUUCCCCUAUAGCCAGCAGCCGCUUAGCACUGGGGCCUUCCCCACUGGCAUCACAGACCACAGCCACUUUAUGCCCUUGCUCAAUCCAUCCCCAACAGAUGCUGCCAGUUCUGUGGACCCCCAGGUCAGCAACUGCAAGCCCCUGCAAAAGGAGAAGCUUCCCGACAACUUGCUGUCGGACCUCAGCCUGCAGAGCCUCACAGCACUUACCUCACAGGUGGAAAACAUCUCCAACACUGUGCAGCAGCUCUUGCUGUCCAAAGCUGCCAUGCCACAGAAGAAGGGGGUUAAGAGCCUUGUGUCUAGGACUCCAGAGCAGCACAAGAGCCAGCACUGUAGCCCCGAGGGCAGUGGCUACUCAGCUGAGCCAGCAGGCACACCACUGUCUGAGCCGCCAAGCAGCACACCCCAAUCCACUCAUGCUGAGCCACAAGACACUGACUACCUGAGUGGCUCCGAGGACCCACUAGAGCGCAGCUUCCUCUACUGCAGCCAGGCCCGUGGCAGUCCUGCCAGGGUCAACAACAACUCCAAGGCUAAGCCUGAAUCAGUGUCCACCUGUUCUGUGACCUCACCUGACGACAUGUCCACCAAGUCUGACGACUCUUUCCAGAGCCUGCACAGUACCCUGCCACUGGAUAGCUUCUCCAAAUUUGUGGCCGGCGAGCGGGACUGCCCACGGCUGCUGCUCAGUGCCCUGGCACAGGAAGAUCUGGCCUCUGAGAUCCUGGGGCUUCAGGAAGCCAUCGUUGAGAAGGCUGACAAGGCCUGGGCUGAGGCUUCCAGCCUGCCCAAGGACAAUGGUAAACCUCCCUUCUCACUGGAGAACCACAGCACCUGCCUAGACACUGUGGCCAAGACUUCAUGGUCACAGUCAGGGGAACCAGAAACCCUACCUGAGCCCUUGCAGCUGGACAAGGGUGGUAGCACCAAGGACUUCAGCCCAGGACUGUUUGAAGACCCUUCUGUGGCCUUUGCCACCACUGACCCGAAGAAGACAACCAGUCCCCUGUCCUUUGGCACCAAGCCUUUGCUUGGAGCUGCCACUCCAGACCCUACCCCGGCAGCAUUUGACUGCUUUCCAGACACAACCACUGCCAGCUCGGUGGACAGUGCCAAUCCCUUUGCCUGGCCAGAGGAGAACCUGGGUGAUGCUUGUCCCCGCUGGGGCCUCCACCCUGGUGAGCUCACCAAGAGCUUGGAGCAGGGUGUAAAAGCCUCAGACAAUGUGGGCAAGGCAGAUGCACAUGAGGCCUCUGCCUGCUUGGGCUUCCAGGAAGACCAUGCCAUUGGGAAACAAGCAGCUACUCUGUCUGGGGACUUCAAACAGCAGGAGGCAGAUGGAGUGAAGGAGGAAGUAGGUGGGUUGCUGCAGUGCCCUGAGGUGGGCAAAGCUGACCAGUGGCUGGGAGACAGCCAGCAUUGCUGUUCCUCCACUGACUUUGGGGACCUGCCACUGUUGCCACCCCCUGGCAGAAAGGAGGACCUGGAGGCCGAAGAGGAGUACUCUUCCUUGUGUGAACUGUUGGGUAGCCCUGAGCAGAGGCCUAGCCUGCAGGACCCAUUGUCCCCCAAGGCUCCGCUGAUUUGCACCAAGGAGGAAGCAGAGGAGGUGCUGGACACCAAGGCUGGUUGGGCUUCCCCAUGUCACCUCUCUGGGGAGCCUGCUGUCCUGCUGGGCCCCUCUGUGGGUGCCGAAUCCAAGGUCCAGAGCUGGUUUGAGUCUUCACUGUCACAUAUGAAGCCAGGAGAAGAUGGGCCAGAGAUGGAGAGAGCCCCAGGUAGUUCCACCACUUCAGAAGGCUCCCUGGCCCCAAAGCCUAACAAGCCUGCUGUGCCUGAGGUGCCCAUUGCGAAGAAAGAGCCUGUGCCACGGGGUAAAAGUUUACGGAGCCGGCGGGUACAGCGAGGGCUGCCUGAGGCUGAAGACUCUCCGUGCAGGGUACCAGCACUUCCCAAAGACCUCUUGCUCCCAGAGUCCUGCACAGGACCCCCCCAGGCACAGGCAGAAGGGGCUGGAGCCCCAGGUCGGGGGCUAUCAGAAGGGCUCCCCAGAAUGUGCACUCGCUCUCUUACAGCUCUGAGUGAGCCCCAAACUCCUGGACCUCCAGGCCUGACCACUACCCCCACACCUCCUGACAAACUGGGAGGCAAACAGCGAGCUGCCUUCAAGUCUGGCAAGCGGGUAGGAAAACCAUCACCCAAGGCUGCAUCCAGCCCCAGCAACCCUGCUGCCCUGCCUGUUGCCUCGGACAGUAGCCCCAUGGGCUCCAAGACGAAGGAGCCAGACUCUCCCAGCAUCCCUGGCAAAGACCAGCGUUCCAUGGUCCUUCGGUCUCGCACCAAACCCCAGCAGGUCUUCCAUGCCAAACGGCGGCGGCCCUCAGAGAGCCGGAUCCCAGAGUGUCGUGCCACCAAGAAACUCCCUGCCACAAACCACUUACCCACUGCAUUCAAGGUCUCCAGUGGGCCCCAGAAGGAAGGCUGGGUGAGCCAGCGGGUCAAAGUACCCAAGCCUGGUACAGGGAGCAAGCUUUCAGAUCGGCCUCUCCAUGCACUCAAAAGGAAGUCAGCUUUCAUGGCUCCUGUCCCCACCAAAAAGCGAAGCCUCAUCCUUCGCAGCAGCAGUGGGAGUGGGGCAGACGGGAGGGAGGAGAGGCCGGAGAGCUCUCCUGGUCUCUUGAGGAGGAUGGCCUCACCCCAGAGGGCCAGGCCCAGAGGCAGUGGGGAGCCACCCCCACCCCCAUCCCUGGAGCCACCUGCCGUGUGCGUGGGGUUGGCUACACCAUCAUCCCUGCCCAGUGCUGUGAGGACCAAGGUGCUGCCACCCCGAAAGGGCCGUGGCCUCAAGCUGGAGGCCAUAGUGCAGAAGAUCACCUCACCUGGUCUCAAAAAACUUGCAUGCAGAGUAGCAGGGGCUCCUCCUGGGACACCCCGGAGCCCAGCCCUGCCUGAGAAACAGACAGGGGGCAGCCCAGCUGGGGCAGAAGAGGGCCUAGGAGGAAUGGGCCCUGGGCAGAUGCUACCAGCAGCUUCAGGAGCUGACACAUUGUGCAGAAAUCCAGCCAGCAGGUCCCUAAAAGGCAAACUCUUGAGUAGUAAGAAACUGUCCUCUACUGCUGACUGUCCUAAAGCUGAGGCCUUCAUGUCCCCAGAGACUCUGCCAUCCCUAGGGACUGCUCGGGCACCGAAGAAAAGGAGCCGGAAAAGCAGGACUGGGGCCUUGGGACCCUCUAAAGGCCCGUUGGAAAAGCGGCCCUGUCCUGGCCAAACUCUGAUCCUUGCAACCCAUGACAGGGCCAGCAGCACUCAGGGUGGAGGUGAGGACAGCUCCAGUGGAGGAGGCAAGAAGCCAAAGACAGAGGAGCUGGGACUGGCCUCCCAGCCCCCUGAAGGCCGGCCCCAGCAGCCCCAGACAAGGGCACAGAAGCAGCCAGGUCAAGCCAGCUAUAGCAGCUAUUCAAAGCGGAAGCGCCUCAGCCGUGGCCGGGCUAAGACCACCCAUGCUUCACCCUGUAAGGGACGUGCCACCCGGAGACGGCAGCAGCAGGUACUGCCCCUGGAUCCUGCAGAGCCUGAAAUCCGACUCAAAUACAUUUCCUCUUGUAAAAGGCAGAGGGCAGACAGCCGCACCCCAGCCUUCUCGCCCUUUGUGCGGGUGGAGAAGCGAGACGCAUACACCACCAUUUGCACUGUUGUCAACUCCCCAGGGGAUGAGCCCAAGCCUCACUGGAAGCCAUCCUCCUCUGCUGCCUCCUCCUCCUCCUUAGAACCAGCUGGGGCCUCUCUGACCGCGUUCCCUGGAGGCCCUGUGCUGCAGCCCAGGCCCUCCCUGCCCCUCUCCUCCACCAUGCAUCUGGGGCCUGUGGUAUCCAAGGCCCUCAUUACCUCUUGCCUUGUCUGCUGCCUCUGCCAAAACCCGGCCAACUUCAAGGACCUUGGGGACCUCUGUGGCCCCUACUACCCUGAACACUGCCUCCCCAAAAAGAAACCAAAACUCAAGGAGAAGGUGCGGCUGGAGUGCGCCUUUGAGGAGACCUCUCUGCCUCUUGAGAGAACAUUGAAAGGCCUGGAAUGUGCAGCCAGCACCAUCACCACCAUCACCACCACCACAACCCUGGGGAGGCUGUCCAGGCCUGAUGGCCCAGCUGACCCCGCCAAGCAGGGCUCCCUGCGCACCAGUGCCCGGGGCCUGUCGCGGCGGCUGCAGAGUUGCUAUUGCUGUGAUGGUCAGGGGGACGGGGGUGAGGAGGUGGCCCCAGCUGACAAGAGCCGUAAACAUGAAUGCAGCAAAGAGGCCCCUGCAGAGCCUGGUGGGGACACCCAGGAACACUGGGUACAUGAGGCCUGUGCUGUGUGGACCAGCGGGGUGUACCUGGUGGCCGGGAAGCUCUUUGGGCUGCAGGAGGCCAUGAAGGUAGCUGUGGACAUGCCAUGUUCCAGCUGUCAUGAAGCCGGGGCGACCAUCUCGUGCUCCUAUAAAGGAUGUAUCCACACCUAUCACUACCCUUGUGCCAAUGACACAGGUUGUACAUUCAUUGAGGAGAAUUUUACUUUGAAGUGCCCCAAACAUAAGUACCCUCUAGGCAGAUGUGCUGCUGUCCCAAAACACCACCUUGGGUUCCAGGGACUGCCACUCUCUCGGCUCAUGGGUGGGGACAGUGCUAGACUUCGUGUACAAACCUGUGUACCCCUCUAUAUAUAUGUUAUAUAGAAUGUAUAUAUGUUGGGAACAUGCUCGCUUCUGUGUGUCGCUGCUAUGCGUCGUGUGCUCCACAGCACAGAGCCCUAACCUGGCCUUGGGCGGGGUAGGGGCUACAGUGAUGUCCCUUCCCUAUGCAACCACCAUCACCACCGACACCACCAUGGCCAGUACCCACCUGUCCGUUUGUGUUCUCAGCUCUGUCCACGCUUCAAUAGGCCUGAUGCAGACCCCCUUUCCCUGCAACUUCCUGUACAUACGACUGUAAAAUGGUAAACGUGUGUAUUAUAUCUGGCCUCGUUAUAUAGUGUAUAUAUAUGUAUACAUAUACAUAUAUAUAAUAUAUAUGAAGACUGUAAAUGUUAAGACAACUAGUGUUCUUAUUAGUAUAUUGCUUCACACUGAAGAUUGUGUGUAUCGAGCUGUUUCUAAAAGAUGUUUAUUUUCCUUAAGAGUUAAAAAAAAAAAAAAAAACAGUCAUUGCAU